UAAUUUUCCAAUAUGGCAGCGCCCUUGAAAAAAUAUUCUGGUGCAAAUUUUCAAGAUUUUUUUAGAUUUAACUUUCAUUUACUCUGAAAAUAAGAAAAACAAAACUGUCAGAAGGUCAUCAAAUGAUUGUUUAUGUACUGUUCUUUCUUUAGAAAAUUAGCCCAGCUGAAAUCGACCUUCGAUAACCAUGGCAGGAAUGUUUGUGACGCUUAUCAAGAACCCCCAAAUCACAACAGCGAUAGCCAUCUCCACCUUUAUUGGGUUACGACUCGGAAAAGAGACACUGUUUCUCGGCUACUACAAGGACAAAUUGUUACAGUCUUACAAGGAUGGCGUUGAAACCCCUGUAGACAAACACACUAAAACGCUUGCUCAAGAGGUCUUGGAUAAGUUUCAACUCAGACCAGAGGCGGAGGCCGAUCUUCAAUUGUUUACCUGUUUUUCCCAAGACGCUGUCUACGGAGGCAGCACGCACCUGAAAACUGGCUCCAUCAUCGGUCUCCCGGCAAACUUUGCCUACAAAUCCGUCAACGACAUCGAUAAGUCAAAGCUGACGAUCGGCCAAAAAGCUAUCAAAUGGGACACACCAGAAGGUACGCUGUUUGCAGAAUCAUUGAUAUUGAGCGAUGAUGCAAAAAGAUUCGCGAUAGCAAGACAAAUAAACUAUUUGGAUAGUCUCGAGAUUUAUGUUGACAAUGGUUUCCUGCUGUGUUUUUCAAUGCUUGGGUACUGGGUCGGACACGCUGCAAAUGUCUUGCUACAUUUGAAGCGGAAACUUCCAACUUUUAUGCGGGGGAGUUUGUAUGUUUGUAUAGCAUCAGUUGGUGCGACGCUUUAUUUUCUUGCGAAGGACGAAUAUAUUUGUUAUCUUGAUGAAAAAGUCGACCGAAAGUCUGCGGACUUUGGGAAAGAAUAUGCUGCCGGUGGUAUUGAGUUUUAUGCCAAGGAACUGCAACGAAAUAAAGCGCUUCGUUGUCUGUUAGGGGAUUAUGGGAAAAAGGUCUACACUAAGUACGGAAAUUACGUCACCACGUGGCGUCUAAGACAUCCACCUCCAAUAACCCGACAUGAAAAAAUGGAAAAGUUUUCUACUCGGAAGGUGAACGAGGAAAAUGCUCGUUCUGAAAAGGUAAACGAUGGGACGGCUUAGGGAUGUAUGCCCUUGUCGGUCUUGCCUAGACAGCAAAGCGCCUUGUAUAUGAGCGAUAUUUGUCACAACCACCUGUGACAAUUAUUGCUGCAAUGAAAAGAUUGCUGGUCUGUGAGAGUGGACUUUUGUGUUGAUAUGAACAGACUGUAUUCUUCUUGGACAUGAAUCAUAACGGAUCAAGAAAUUUUGAUACAAUAAAAUAACAUACUCAGA